AUGGCGAAAACAUACCCGUUUGAGUUGGACCCGUUUCAAGCAACCUCGGUAGCGUGCUUGGAGCGGCGCGAGUCCGUGCUCGUGGCAGCGCACACGUCGGCGGGAAAGACUGCCGUUGCGGAGUAUGCAAUCGCGAUGGCGUUUCGCGACAAGCAGAGGGUCAUUUACACGUCCCCUCUCAAGGUAGGAACCAAGUCGAGCCCCUCUGCCCUCCUCCCCCCCUCCCCACAUACACUGCAGGCUCUGAGCAACCAGAAGUACCGCGAGCUGAGCGAGGAGUUCAGUGACGUGGGGCUGAUGACGGGUGAUGUCACCAUCGCCCCCAACGCAGCCUGCAUCGUCAUGACCACCGAAAUUCUUCGUUCCAUGCUCUACCGAGGCUCAGAAGUGCUUCGGGAGGUGGCUUGGGUGAUAUUCGACGAGAUUCACUACAUGCGGGACCGGGAACGGGGCGUGGUGUGGGAAGAGAGUAUUAUUUUCCUUCCUCCGGGUGUGAAAAUGGUGUUUUUGUCGGCUACGCUGUCGAACGCGCGGGAGUUUGUCGAGUGGAUUACGUAUCUGCAUAAGCAGCCGUGUCACGUGGUGUAUACGGAUUACCGGCCGACUCCCUUGCAGCAUUUUGCGUUUCCGUAUGGCGGGGAUGGGCUUUAUCUUAUGGUGAACGAGCAGGGGAAGUUCAUUGAGAAGAAUUUCAACCGCUUAGCUAAGAGUUUCGCUAAAGCGAAAGAGGCGGCGGCGGAGGCGAUUCCAGAAGCUGCUGGGUUUGCUGGGAGAGGGAGAGGGAGGGGGGGGAGGGGAGGGAGAGGAGGAAGAGGAGGGAGAGGAGGGGAAGGAGGGAGAGGUGCAGGCGGAGGGCCUUCGGAUAUCUACAAGAUAGUGAAGACCUGUUCCGAGCUGGACUUCCAUCCAAUGAUCGUCUUCAGCUUCCGCCGGCGCGAGUGUGAGGCGUACGCCAUGCAGCUGAGCAAGCUGGACUUCAACAGCGAGGAGGAGAGCAAGAUGGUGAAAGAGGUAUUCAACAACGCCAUAUCAGUUCUCCCCACAGAAGACCAGGACCUCCCAGCAGUGCGGCAGAUGCUGCCGCUGCUGCAGAGGGGCGUGGGCGUGCACCACUCGGGGCUGCUGCCCAUUCUCAAGGAGCUCAUAGAAAUCCUCUUUCAAGAAGGGCUUCUCAAAGUGCUCUUCGCCACUGAAACUUUCGCCAUGGGUCUCAACAUGCCGGCUCGCACCGUGGUCUUCACAGCCACGCACAAGUGGGAUGGCGAGGCCAACCGGGCCAUGCACUCGGGGGAGUAUAUCCAGAUGAGUGGGCGAGCAGGGCGGCGAGGCAAGGACAGCAAAGGGAUUGUCAUCGUGAUGGUCAAUGAGGAGAUGACCAUGGAAGCGUGUAAGGAGAUGAUGCUGGGGAAGCCAGCCCCCUUGGAGAGCUCGUUCCGCCUGACCUACUACGCGCUGUUGAACCUCAUGGCUCGAGCGGAGGGGCAGUUCAACGCAGAGCACGUCAUCGCACACUCGUUUCACCAGUUUCAGCAUGACAGGCAAGUACCAGAGGUGGAGAAGAGGAUCAAGCAGCUGCAGGCAGAGGCCGAUGCGCUGGAAGCUGGGACUGAGGACGAGAUUCGCGAGUACCACGCGCUGCGCCUGUCCCUGGUGGAGAAGGAGAGGCGGCUCAAAGCAGAGGUGCUGCGGCCUGAUCGAUGCCUGCACUUCCUGCAGCCGGGGAGACUGAUCCGAGUGGUGGAUGGUUUGGACGACUGGGGAUCGAGUUCUGGAUGGGCUGGACGACUGGGGGUGGGGGUGAUCGUCAACGUGAUGAAGCCCUCAGCACCUCCUCUGCUUUCAUCGCCUCUCCCCUUUGCCCACUCCGUGACCUUAACUCUCCUGCAGAUCCGGGUGGUGGAUGGGCUGGACGACUGGGGGUGGGGAGUUAUCGUGAACGUGAUGCAGCAGCCCUCUCAAAGCAAUACCUCAUGUCACUCAUACUUCUCCUCGCCCCUUCACCCACUCCGUGCCCUUGGCUCUCCUGCACAUCCGACUGGUGGACGGGCUGGACGAUUGGGGGCGGGGAGUAUCCGGGUGGUGGAUGGGCUGGACGACUGGGGGUGGGGGGUGAUCGUGAACGUGAUGAAGCAGCCCUCUCAGAGCAACACCAAAUCAGCCGUCAUCGCCCCCUCGCCCACAGCCUCUGCUGCCGCCGCUGCACCGCUCUCCACCACGGCAUACCUGGUGGACACGCUGCUGCUGUGCUCGCCCGCGGUGGACAGUGGAGGAGCGGACGGCUCCACUGCCCAACUUGUGCCACGCCCGUGCGCCCUGGACGGGAACGGGGACAUGCACGUGAUCCCUGUAAAGCUCCCAGCAGUUGCCAGAAUAGGGGCGCUCAGGAUUGCUCUCCCCACGGAUCUUCGCCCCAAGGAGGCCCGCCAGGCCGUGCUGGUCACACUCAGGGACGUCACCCAGCGGUUCCCUGACGGGCUGCCGAUUCUAGAUCCGGUGGAGGACAUGGGCAUCACGGACGAGUCGUUUCUGGACUUGGUCCACUCCAUUGACCAGGAGGAGAGCAAGCUGGCCACGCAUCCCCUUUUCAAGGCGGAGAUAGCAGAGCAGAAGCUGGAGGUGCUCAAGAGGCGAGGGCAGCUGCUGGCAGAGGCACAGCGGCUCAAGAUGAAGACAAGGGAGUCACAGCUUUCGCUGUUCAAAUCCGAGCUGAGGAACCGCUCACGGGUACUCAAGCGGCUGGGCCACAUCGACGCAGAUGGGGUGGUGCAGCUCAAGGGCCGGGCGGCGUGUGUCGUCACGACAGGCGAUGAGCUGCUGGUGACGGAGCUGAUGCUGGAGGGGGCUUUCAAUUCCAUGGACCCGCACCAGUUGGUUGCUGUUGCCAGCUGCUUCUUGCCUUCCGAAAAGUCAAAUGAGGAGCAGCCUGUGGCAGCGGACUUAAAGCCGCAUUACAAUGUCCUAAGGGAAGCAGCGCAGCAUAUAGCACGGGUGCAGAUUGAAGAGAAGAUAGAGGUGGACGAGGAGGAGUACGUGGAUCAAUUCCGGCCGACGCUCAUGAGCGUGUUCUACCAGUGGUCCAAGGGAGAGUCAUUUGGCAAGGUCAUAGACAGCACGGAUGUGUUUGAGGGGACGAUUGUGCGUGUGGCUCGACGGCUCGAUGAGCUUCUAAACGAG